CUGAUCUGACCUGACUGUGCUGACCUGACCUGACCUGACCUGACCCCAGCUGAGGCAUCAUGGACACAGACCUGCAAGGGGAGCUGGAGGCAGCGCCACCUGCCGAGCGGCCGCGCAGCAAGGUGGCGCUGGUGAUGGCCUCCAUCACGGGCGCCGCCGCCGUCGGCCUUACCGUUGUCAGCUGGCCCUUCGUGGCGCCCGCCUUCAGAAAGGUGUGUUUGCCGUACGUGCCGGCCACCACGGAGCAGGUGAUGAACGUGCUGCGCGUGCUCAAGGGUCGCUCCGGCCCGCUGGUCGACCUCGGCAGUGGCGACGGCAGAAUCGUGAUCGCGGCGGCGGCCGUCGGCUUCCGCAGCGUCGGCGUCGAGCUGAACCCCUGGCUGGUGCUGUACUCGCGGCUGUGGGCGCGCCGCGAGGGCCUGGCCGCGAACGCCGCCUUCCAGCGCGCAGACCUGUUCUCCCUCGACCUCAGUCGCUACCAGAACGUGGUGGUGUUCGGCGUCCGACAGAUGAUGCCGCGGCUGGAGAUCAAGCUAGCGCACCAGCUGUCGGCCACCGGCUGUGUCAUCGCCUGCCGCUUCCCGCUGCCCACUUGGCGCCCUUCAUACGUUGUCGGCGACGGCCAGGACGCCGUCUGGGUCUACUUCCGGCAAACCGGCGACGAGGACGCGCCUGAACCAGUGCGCCGAUCCUCAGCCGGCCGCAGCUGA